AUGGCGACCAAAGGAUCCGUCUUCCUCAUCGGCCCCGGCUUCAUAGGGCUCCAAAUUCUUGGAGAACUCCUGGCCGAAGGAUACUCGGUAACAACCUUGGUACGAAGGGAGGAGGCCAAGGCCAGCCUCGAGAAACUUGGGUCCAAAACCAUACUCGGAUCGCUGGACGAUGGCGAUAUAAUCCGAGCAGCUGCUUCUGCUGCCGAUGUCGUGAUCCACACCGCCACGGCAGACCACCUACCAUCCGCCGCUGCUGUCUUGGAUGGCAUCGCAGAGCGCGCCAAGGCUGGGAAGAGCAGCAUCUACAUCCAUACCAGCGGCUGCAGUGCAAUCACCGACGGGUCAGAUGGCGGCCACGCAAGCGACACAAUAUACCAAGAUGACAAGCCCGAAACUAUCGACAGCAUCGCCGACGACGCUCCACAUCGCUCCAUCGACCUUGCCAUCCUCAAGUCUCGUGCCGAACUCGGCGCCAAGGCAAAGAUAUCCAUUGUGUUCCCGCCCGUCAUCUAUGGGCUGGGCAAGGGAAACCGCCUCUCUAUCCAGGUCCCGACCAUGGCCCGGUUCGCCAUCAAGCACGGCUACGCCGGUUAUGUGGGAGGAGGCAAGGCAGUCUGGGGUUUUGUUCACGUCGCGGAUCUCGCACGAGGAUACAUGGCCAUCCUGCACUACAUGGAGUCCACCUCUGGAGACGAGAUUCUCCAAAACUCCUACUUUUUCAUAGAGAAUGGAGAAGAGUAUUCGUGGGAGAGGUGCGCCGAGGAGAUUGGCAAGGCGCUUCAAGAGUCAGGGAAAAUCCAGGACCCGACACCUCGACAGAUCCCGAGCGACCUCUACAAUGACCUGUUUGGAGAAUGGUCCUUGGCCGUCGUUGGUCAGAGCGCUAGGAAUCGUGCCAACAGGCUACGCGCUCUUGGUUGGAAACCCCAGGAGAAGUCGGCGUUCGACUCAUUGGUAACGGACGAACUGCCCGUUAUCUUGGCGGAAAAGUCUGACUUUCAGGGAUAUAGUGCCCCAGUAGCUUCUUGA